GUGCAUUUUUACUUCCCAGCCCAGAGUCAAGGACAAUUGCUCCGCCCGCGUUCAUCCCUCUCUCCUCAUCGUCACCCAGACUCCAACAUGGCUGAGCAACUGGUCCUCCGCGGCACCCUCGAGGGUCACAAUGGCUGGGUUACCUCCCUUGCCACCUCUCUGGAGAACCCCAACAUGCUGCUCUCCGCCAGUCGCGACAAGACCCUGAUCAUCUGGAACCUUACUCGCGAUGAGCAGGCCUACGGUUACCCCAAGCGCAGCCUUGAGGGCCACUCUCACAUCGUCUCUGACUGUGUGAUCUCCUCCGACGGUGCCUACGCUCUGUCCUCCUCCUGGGACAAGACCCUCCGCCUGUGGGAGCUCUCCACUGGUGAGACCACCCGCAAGUUUGUCGGCCACACCAACGACGUUCUCUCCGUCUCUUUCUCUGCCGACAACCGCCAGAUUGUCUCCGCUUCCCGUGACCGCUCCAUCAAGCUCUGGAACACCCUCGGUGACUGCAAGUUCACCAUCACCGACAAGGGUCACUCCGAGUGGGUUUCCUGCGUUCGCUUCAGCCCCAACCCCCAGAACCCCGUCAUCGUCUCCGCUGGUUGGGACAAGCUCGUCAAGGUUUGGGAGCUCGCUUCCUGCCGUCUCCAGACCGACCACAUCGGUCACACCGGUUACAUCAACACCGUUACCAUCUCCCCCGAUGGAUCCCUCUGCGCCUCCGGUGGCAAGGACGGUACCACCAUGCUCUGGGAUCUCAACGAGUCCAAGCACCUCUACUCCCUCCAGGCUGGUGACGAGAUCCACGCCCUCGUUUUCUCCCCCAACCGCUACUGGCUGUGCGCUGCUACCGCCAGCAGCAUCACCAUCUUCGACCUCGAGAAGAAGAGCAAGGUUGACGAGCUCAAGCCCGAGUUCAUCGAGAAGGGCAAGAAGAGCCGCGAGCCCGAGUGCAUCAGCUUGGCCUGGAGCGCUGAUGGCCAGACUCUGUUCGCUGGUUACACUGACAACAAGAUCCGUGCCUGGGGUGUCAUGUCGCGGGCAUAAAUGUGCUCAAACCCACCCUUAAAGCUUAAUUACUAGGAUUUUGGUCGGGGCGGAAAAGUGUGAGAGGAGAGAGAGAGAGAGAGACAAUAUCAACUUGAACUCUUGUUUGUUAUUUUUUUCUUUUUUUUUUUCCCAAGAUCAAAAAUAAAACAGGGCAGGCAUUGGUUUGGGAUGUAUGAGCCAUGAGCAAAUGAUAAAAAAGCACUCUGGGUUUUUCUUCCGCCUGGUGUUUCUAACUCAACACCCACUCACCCUAUUCCCACCGCCCCCCCAAUCUCCCCCCUCUAUACCCACCCCGUUCAUUUGGGCUUCUUUCCCCGGGUUAUCAUUUCUCUCUCUUCAGCAUGUCUAGCUCCUACUCGAUUCGUGGUCUUAAAAACGACGGAUUAUCUGGGGUAUCUUGUGAAGGAUGAGAGGUGGAUUGUUCGAAUACCAUUUAAAAGACGUUUAAAAACUUCUAUCUCUG